AUGGCCACAAUGCUUAGCUACCCAAGAUGCCUUUGGUUGAAUGUUCACACCCGUCUGCACUUCCUACAUUCAUUCCCGGAAAUUGAAACAAAACAGGAAAACUGGAAUUGUAACCCCCCGGUCUGCUGUAGUCAGCCUCACGGUGUGCCUGACUGGCGAGUCCGCCGUCUCCACGGCUUCCCCUUUAGCGGGCUGCUCCUCAAGCCUUCGAGUGCCGAUCUUCGCGAGACGGCCCAAGCGAAGAUCUUCGAUCCGAAUCUUCGCAUCUACUCUCUCUUAGAGGAUGAACCACGCCUUCGCUAUCGCAAGAAUAUAGCGAUCGAAGAGAGCUAUCGCUCAGCUGCUUCGCGUAUUACUUACGAAAGCCGUAUUGUCCGAAGGGGGCAUGCCGCAAGAGCGUAG